AUGGUAUCAGUUGAAAACAAAAAACAUCAGUAUGAAGGCAGCAUAAAUUGUAGCAUCGCAAAAACCUGAACAGAAUAAAUUUACAAUACCUGUUUUGUAAAGUUUAAGAACUACAACAAGUUUUGUAAGUUUCAAUAGUUAUUGAAAAAGGUCGUCGGUAAGUGAGGUGUUUGAACAAGUUUGAUAUGUUGUAACCUGUUCGCGAGUAAGCUGAAAAUGUUAGCUAACGUUUUGUUUCGACGUGGCUUUUUGAACAUGGCGUCUGCAUCUGAAAAACUGGGCAUGCGAGGAAACAAGCCGUUCACAGUUUUCAUCGAGGGUAACAUCGGUAGCGGGAAAACGACCUUCCUGAACCACUUUCAAAAGUUCAAGGACCGCGUUUGCCUGCUGACGGAGCCGGUGGAAAAAUGGCGCGAUUGUGGCGGUGUGAACCUGCUCGACCUGAUGUACAAGGAGCCUAACCGUUGGGCUAUGCCCUUCCAGACCUACGUGACCUUAACGAUGCUGAACGCCCACCAGCUUCAAACUGAUAAGAGUAUCAAACUUAUGGAAAGAUCGAUGUUCAGUGCAAGAUAUUGUUUCGUGGAAAACAUGUUGGCCAGUGGAAGUUUACAUCAAGGGAUGUAUAAUAUUUUACAAGAAUGGUACGAGUUUAUUCAUGCAAACAUUCAUAUCCAGGCUGAUUUGAUAGUUUACCUGAGAACGAGUCCGGAAGUGGUGUACGAAAGGAUGAUGAAGCGUGCCCGCUCGGAGGAGAGUUGUGUGCCGCUCAAGUAUCUUCAAGAACUGCACGAGCUUCACGAAAAUUGGCUCAUCCACGGAAGCUUCCCCCGAGCAGCGCCGGUUUUGGUGCUGGAUGCCGAUCUGGACCUGAACAACAUUAGUUCCGAAUACAAACGAUCGGAAACGAGCAUCCUGAAGCCGAUCCUGAUAGAAAACACCAACCAACAUCCCAUCCUUGCGUCGCCCAGUAAACGAACGAGAACGGAGAUGUAGACGAUGAUUUGACAAUAUCGUAUUUAGAACUUAUAUUUUUUGAAUAUAAAUAGAUAGAUUUUAUGUUUAAGGAAUAAUAACAUUUGUAUGCAUCACAAAGUAACCAUUUAGCAUAAUAAUACAGAAUUAAAAAAAAACGUGCUCUACUUUAAUUAACGAGCCAAAGAAGCAAAAAUUAAUAAAGUUAUUGCAAACGCAACUAACUCACUUAUAAUAAUAGCCACAACGAAGCUGACGUGGACGCCACUGAUGGGACAAUUACAAAGACUUCUAACUUAACAUCACCUUAAAAUUAAUGCAAUAUUUUCACAAUUCAUCAAAUUAUCUUCAAACGGACAUCCUGGUGGCGGUUACGUCACUUCGCACAACAUACAGCCACAGUACACCCAGUACGGAACCCAGUAUGAUCAGCUUUCUAAAAUGAUAUCUCCAAAUUACACAAAGUUACACAGCCGUGUCAUGGCGCGAUGCUUUGACGCGAUACCGGUGACACACAAUCCAUAUCUCCAGUGGUAAAGUUAAGUCCUAGGUUAAGGAACGUACUUUAAUUCUUUUUUGUACUACCUAAUGUUUGUUUGUGCGGUUAGUUUGUAGUUUGUAACCUCCGAAUAAUAUUUCCACAUUUAAUUUAUCAUAUUGAUUUCGUUUCGCGACUAGGAAAUAUUACCUAUCUAUAGCUUUGUGCAAUAUGAGGGAAAAGUCAGUGAAAUCGCUGCCGAUCUUGCACAUGGCGUCAUAACCGGAUUCAGUUUGUUUGAUAUGUUUUGCAGAGGAUCAGGAAAAAGACUUCUGGAGCAUCAUUUUAAAAGGGCGCAUAAGCAUUUUGACAGCUGGAACUUUUUUUUUGCAAAUUCCGAGACAAUAGGUAACUUUUUAACAAAACUACUUCGAAUUAUGUGAAAAAAAAAACCUAAAGCCAAAGAACUUGCUAAUUUUGUUAUCCUAUCGUGAUGCUUAUGCGUCAUUUUCUCGCGUUGCUCCAAAA